GUGACCUCCAGGCCCGGGGCUUAGCCCCCCACCCCCACCCCGAGCCUCCAGGAGCUGAGGACCAGAGACCUGCUUGGGGGCGGAAGGAGGGAGGGGUGACAGCAAGCCCUGGAGGACCCGGGCCUUGGGGACUGGGGGCCGAGGUGGGGCUUGAUGGGGGCUCCAGACCCAGCAGGCUGCCGAGGGAGGCUUGAGGUGGGGUGGGGGUGCCCAAGCCCCCUGUCCCCCUCUGCAUCACUGAGGGUGGGGCCUUAUCAAGUGGAGACGUUGCAUCUGGUAUCAAAUGCCAAAGUCUACGCCGCGACCAUCUGCAGCGGCCUCCGUGACACCUGAUAGGAGAGGUCCCCGAGUUCCCGGCUCCCAGCACUUCCGGUCCACACCCCAGCACCUGGGCCGCCCACCAGGUCCUCUUCCAGCCAGGACCAGCCGCAGAGCCCGGGUGCCCUCAGCUCUGUCCCCGCAAAACUGGACCGGGCUCCUCUGACAGCCACUUGAGGUCCCUGCAGCCGUCUCCCUGUGGACAGAGGAAACAGAAGAUCUGGACUUGGGCCCCAAAUCCAUGCCGAAUUCCCUCACCGGCGGCCAGGUGCCCCCCCGUGCUCUGGACACAGUUGGCCUGGUGGACCAGGGUCUGGGAAAUGCAGGUGCCCAGGAGACAGCCAGGUCCCUGGCCCUGCCUGACCCAACCCCUGCAGGGACCGCCGGUUCUGCUCCCACCUUGGAAGAGGGGGACACAGACCCCUGGGCCCUCCCCCAGCUGAAGGACACUGGCCAGUCCUGGAAAGAGCUCAGCGUGACCGGCAGGGCGCUGCAGGUGGUGGUCGGCGUCCUCAAGGCCUGCGGGCUCCUGGGCGGCCUCUACCUCUUCAUCUGCUCCCUGGACAUCCUCAGCUCUGCCUUCCAGCUGCUGGGCAGCAAAGUAGCCGGGGACGCCUUCAAGGACAACGUGGUGCUGUCCAACCCCGUGGCUGGGCUGGUCCUCGGCGUGCUGGUCACUGUCCUCGUGCAGAGCUCCAGCACGUCCUCCUCCAUCGUGGUCAGCAUGGUGGCCUCCAAGCUGCUGACCGUCCGGGCAUCUGUGCCCAUCAUCAUGGGUGUCAACGUGGGCACAUCCAUCACCAGCACCCUGGUCUCGAUGGCACAGUCGGGGGACCGGGAUGUGUUUCGGAGGGCCUUCGGGGGCUCGGCCGUGCACGGCAUUUUCAACUGGCUCACGGUGCUGGUCCUGCUGCCGCUAGAGAGCGCCGCCGCCCUGCUGGAGAGGCUCAGCGCUCUGACCCUGGGUGUCGCCAGCCUGCAGCCCGGGGGGCACGCACCAGACAUCCUCAAGGUGCUGACCCGGCCGCUCACAGACCUUAUUGUGCAGCUGGACGCUGAUGUGAUCGUGGGCAGUGCCACGGGCAACACCACCAACAGUAGCCUCAUUAAGAGAUGGUGCGGCACCAGGGCGCAGCCGACCGCGGGGAACAGCAGCCACUGCGGAGCGGCCGGCGGCUGCGGCGGCCCGGGUCCCGAGAGGAACAGCUCUGCCCCGGAGGAGCUGCUGCCCUGCCGCCACCUGUUUGCGGGCACAGUGCUCACGGACCUGGCCGUGGGCUUCAUCCUGCUGGCCGCCUCCCUGCUCGUGCUCUGCGCCUGCCUCGUCCUCAUCGUCAAGCUGCUCAACUCCGUCCUGCGGGGCCGCAUCGCCCAGGCCGUGCGGACGGUCCUCAAUGCCGACUUCCCCUUCCCCUUCAGCUGGCUCAGCGGCUACCUGGCCAUCCUGGUGGGUGCGGGCCUGACCUUCGUGCUCCAGAGCAGCAGUGUCUUCACCGCAGCCAUCGUGCCACUCAUGGGGGUCGGGGUGAUCAGCCUGGACCGGGCCUACCCUCUCUUGCUGGGCUCCAACAUCGGCACCACCACCACGGCCCUGCUGGCCGCCCUGGCCAGCCCUGCGGAUACGCUGCUCAGUGGCGUCCAGGGCGCCCUCCACCCCCAGCAGCCCAAACCCAAAAGGACCCGGACUCACCAUCCUCCUUCGGAGGCCCCACCCACCUGUGCCGGCUGCUCCCUGCAUCCUGGCCCCCUCAGGACACCUGACUCUAGCCCCCAGCUGUGCGCUCCACACCCAGUCCUCUAUGCCCCACUGCCCUGGCUGGGACCGCUCUCUUCCACUGUCUCUGUCUCAGCUCUGACAGCUGCAGCUCCUGAGAGCCUGGAUCCAGCUGGGCUGCUGCCCGCUGGAAGGGGAGGCACCCCAGCCCUUCACAACUCCCAUCUGCUCCCUUGCCUUGCCUCUAUCUUUGUCUAUUCAGAACCUCCCAGGGCAGGGCCCUGCUCCACCCCCUCCAGGAAGCCCUCCAGACUGUGCCCACCAUACUGACUCAACUUCUCUGGCGACCCGUCUCUGGAGGGAGUUGUGUCCCCUCUGUGUGGGCCCCUGUAACUCCUCCCUACAGGAGCCAGGCCAGAGUCCGGGGCUGGGUGGCCAAACUCACUCAGGGAUGAGGAUAAGCAGGGUCGCUGUGGAUGUCGCAUCGGCGAAGCUAAGCCAGCUCUGGAGAAGGGCGAACCGCGGAACCAUCAGUGAUGCAGUUACCACACGGGGGGCUGUACUGGGCUUCUGACCCCCACAGUGCGGCGGGUGUGGGCGGAACGUGCCCUCCUAGGGGGCCAUCUUGGCCAACAAGCAGAACCCCAGACAGACUUCGGUGCCCUUUCUGCCAGGAAGGGGAAGGGCAGGCAUCAUGGGGAGCCCAGAGGACCCUGAACCACUGAGUCCAGGCUCCUGACCCCCGCCUGCCCUCCGCCCCCCAGGUCGCCCUCAUCCACUUCUUCUUCAACCUGAUCGGCAUCCUGUUGUGGUACGUGGUGCCCAUCCUACGGCUGCCCAUCCCACUGGCCAAGCACUUUGGGGACCUGACUGCCCGCUACCGCUGGGUGGCCAUCGCCUACCUGUUGCUCGGCUUCUUGCUGCUGCCUCUGGCUGCCUUCGGGCUCUCCCUGGCGGGGGGUAUCGUGCUGGCUGCAGUUGGGGGGCCCCUGGUGGUGCUGAUUGUCCUCAUCGUCCUGGUCACAGUCCUGCAGCGGCACCAGCCAGCCUGGCUGCCCCGCCGCUUGCGCUCCUGGGCCUGGCUGCCCCUCUGGCUCCGUUCUCUGGAGCCCUGGGACCGCCUGGUGAGCCGCUGCUGUCCCUGCCAGGUCUGCAGCCCUCCUCAGGCCGUGGCCAAGGAGGCCCACUGCUAUGAGAACCCCGAGGUCCUGGCUUCCCAGCAGUUGUGAGGGGGUUGACCUCUGGGUGCCCUGGGGGAUCCUAGAAGCUGUGGACUUCUGACUCACUCGGGUGGCUUUCUUAGCAAAUAAACCAGACUCUGCCCAGGCA